CCAACUUGGUAAAUAAAUAAUCAUUGACUAGAUCACACCAUUCGGCUGAAUAAAUAUAAAUUGUAUCAAAUAGUAUUUUCAAGUAUUGCUUUCCAUCUCUACAGAAAAAAUUUCAUUAUCUUACAUUGUUAGUGUUAUCCGGAUGAAUAAUUUAGAAUAUCCAAUAGUUAACUCAUUUUCAAAGUGUUUCAUAUUUCUUAUUUCCAUGUUAUUACUUCUGAUAAACAAGGUUCUUUACGAUGAGAUUAAAGUCCAUGAAAUGCAUAAUAUUUGUUUUAAUCAGUUUCUGGUUGUUUUACAUUAUUUAUGAAUUACAGUUUAUCGGAAAAUCUACCAAAAUUGAUCAUGAAAAUGUAUACGAAAAUCGUGAUGAUUGGUAUGAGUCCAACUCCAUGCUAUGUGAUCUUCCGCACAAUAUGGAUCCUCAUGAUCCAAUGAUUAAAGGUUUCAUCAAGAAAUUAGGCCGAACGAUAACUUGUGGAAAAUCAGAGGAUGGAAUUUUUAAUUUUCUUUACAAUCUUUAUCAAGGACAAUCCUUAUCUUAUAUGAAUGACUUUGAUCCAAUUGUACGGAUAAUCCAGAUUCGUGGAUAUGAGAAAGCAUUCAAGUGCAUGUAUCAACCAUUUGAUCGUGAAGGUAUUGAUGAUAACAGAAUUCAAUAUUUGGAAAAGAGACCGAUAAUUGGUUAUAAAUUAGAUUUGGAAAAAAUUGGAGCUGAGUUUGUUAACAUCCAAUGCAAUCGUUCGGGUUCAUUAGUUUAUAGUAACAUCCAUUCGUGGCCAAGUCGAGUUCCUUCCCAUGCAGAUGCCACAUCUUCCAAUAACAAAGAUCAUUCGAUGAUUAAUAAUUAUCCAACACCAGAUGUAAAUAAGCAAUCUGUGAUGUUUCUUGUCAUAGAAUCAAUGUCUUUCCUCAAUUUCAAUCGAUUCAUGGUUAAAACGAAAGAAGCAUUAUCGAAGUUGUCUAAUAAUUUCAUUCUUCGAGGAUUAAACAAAAUGGCUGAUAAUACUUUCCCAAACAUGAUGCCCCUUUUAUCAGGAUAUCGACCCUAUUAUGAAGAAUGGCCUUUCAAUUUCGAUGUAAAUAGAGGUCCAUAUGAUGAUGUUUCAUUCAUUUGGGAUGAUUUCAAAAGACAAAACUAUACAACUGGUUAUAUUGAAGAUGGUCCGAAAUACGCAUUAUUCAAUCGCAUGGGUUUAGGAUUCAAAAAAGCUCCAACCGAUUGGUACCCGAGACCUUAUUGGUUGUCCAUUAAAAAUGAUCAAUCGAACGAGUUUCAUAGAUUCUGUUACAAACAAAAGCCUAAAAUAAUUUAUUGGUUGAAACAAAUCAAACAAUUUCUGAACAAAGUCACCAAAACGAAGCAACCGUUCUUUCUUUGGUCUUUUAACAUUCAAGUUACCCAUAAUGACUUUAAUAAUGCUCAGCUCAUUGAUCAAUAUAUUGCUGAUUUCAUCAAUUCUUACCGCCAUAUACUUGAAAACACUGUUUUUGUAAUCAUGGGAGAUCAUGGAAAUCGUUUUGGACCUUUAUUUAGGACAGAAUAUGGGCAAAUCGAAACUCGAAUGCCUCUAUUUAAUAUUCACAUUCCUCCUCAAUUAUCACAUAAGCAUCAACAUUUGGCUUAUUAUUUAAAGAUGAACGAGAAAAAAUUAACUACUUGGUUAGAUGUUAGGGAAAUGUUGAAAGACAUUGUUUCAGGUAACUAUGAACCAAUUGUUCCUUCUUCUAAACGUACCGGUUACUCUGUUUGGCGGGAAGAAGUUCCUUUAGAUAGAACCUGUCAAGAUGGUUUGAUCCCUUUGGAGUUUUGUUUAUGUAUAAAGAAACAAAGUUUCCCUGUGAAUUCAUCAUUGGCUCAAACAGUAUCGACUGCCUUAAUCACUCGACUCAAUCAAGCUUUAUCAAAGUCAAAUAAUAUCUGUCAUGAGCUUUCUCUCAAAGAUAUUCAUAGUGUCAAAAUGGUUCGAUUACCUGAGCAACUCAAUGCAAGCAAUCGUGUUGAAGUAACUAUAACCGCCAAUCCUUCGAAUGCACUUUUUCAAGCGCAGCUUUACUUAAAAAAUACAACGAAGUUGGACAACUCAGGUAUUGAUGAUUGGAUGCUCGAAGGAGAUGUUUCCAGACUCGAUGCCUAUUAUUAUCAAUCAUUGUGCAUUAAAGAUAGAGUCCUUCAGAAAUUUUGUUACUGCCGAAAAAAGAAACAGUCCAAAUGACUCAAUAUUUCACUUAUUACAUUGUGUCUAAAUUUCUAGUUGCACUACCUUACAUUGAAUCCACCUAUUAUAAUAGCAUCAUGGAGUUGUUACAGUCGUUUUUAGUAUAGA